AUGUACUUCUCAACCUUCAUCGCUGCUGCGCUCUUGUCCAGCGGGUCUGCUUUCGCCGCCCCUACCGGCAAUGCCGGUGUCGCAGCUCGCCAGACAUACAUUGGCUCCGUGAACUUCACCACCGUCGAUGGCACGACCGUGCACUCCAACAUGCAGGUCGGAGCUGGAUAUAGACAAUUGACACAACCGGGAGAACUGGCCGUCAUGACAGCCCUGGUGGGCAUUUCAGAUAACCUCGUCUGCUCAUCCCAGAGCAAUGAUGGCAAGACAACGACCGUUACAGGAAUCCAGACCUCGACCAUUGAUCCGGCGAGACAGCAAGUCGAGGUCAAGUGCGACUGGAUCGAUGGCCCACCAACCGUCUAA